CAACAUCGGAAACAAAUAACAGAAACUCCGAAUUCAGAGGUCGAAACGCUUCUCCGACUGCCGCCCACGGCCUCCGGUAGACUCUGUUCUCCGCCGUGGCCUCCUCCUUAAUCGCCGCUCUCAAUUCUCAUUCAUGCGAUGGAUACAGCAGCUGACUUGUGAAUUCUUCAAUUUAAACUUUGAUGGAUGCAAACAAUUGGAGACCUAAUCAAGGCAAUGAACCAACGAUGGAUGCAAUUGAUUGGAGAUCUCAACUUACGCUUGAAUCACGCCAAAGGAUUGUCAACAAAAUAAUGGAAACGUUAAAAAAACAUCUUCCUGUCCCUGGUGGUCCAUUAGUUGAAGUUCAGAACAUUGCUCAAAGGUUCGAAGAGAAAAUUUAUACUGCAGCAACAAGCCAGACAGAUUAUCUACGGAAAAUAUCUACGAAGAUGCUCACAAUUGAGACUAAAACCCAAAACACAAUUGCUGCUAACAAUAUGCCAUCAAAUCAAGCUGGUCCUAGCAAUAGCCCUUCAGAUCAAGGACUAGUUAUGCAGCAACAUUCUAUUAAUUUGCCCAAUCAGCCGCAGCAGCGACAACAGAUUCUAUCUCAAAACAUUCAAAGCAGCAAUGCUUCAUCUCAACCUAACCUUCCACCUGUAUCUAGUUUGGCCCAGACGAGCAGCCAAAAUAUUGGCCAGAAUUCCAACAUACAGAAUAUGACUGGGCAGAAUACAGUGGGAAGCACAAUUGGCCAGAAUUCCAAUGUUCUGGAUAUGUUUUCUGGAUCUCAGAGACAGAUGACAGGAAGGCAGCAGGUUGUUCCUCAACAACAACAGCAACAGCCACAGAAUGCGCAGCAGUAUCUUUAUCAGCAGCAGUUCAUGAAGCCGAAGUUUCAGCUGCAAUCUCAGAUGCAUCCACAACAGCAGCAAAACCUACUGCAAACAAAUCAGAUUCAACCUUCCUUGAUGCAAUCAUCUCCUCUGUCUAGCCUUCCCCAGAAUCAACAAUCACAUAAUGUUCAGCAGUCAUCUCAGUCCAUGAUUCAGCAAACUUCCCAAGUUAUGAGGCAUCAACAACAACAGAAUUCUAUUAUUCAUCAACAGCAAACACCUUUGACUCAACCGCUAAUGAUGCCUUUGCAGCAGCAACAGCAGCUGCAUCAACUUAUGGGAUCACAGUCAAAUGUAACAAACAUGCAACAUCCUCAGAUGCUUGGGCCACAGAACAAUGUUGGUGAUAUACAGCAACAACAGAGGUUGCUUUCACAACAGAACAAUCUUACAAAUUUGCAACAGCUGCAACAACAGCAACCGUUAUUGAAUCAGCAAAGUAACCUAGCAAAUAUGAAUCAGCAGCAACUAGGAAAUACUGUCCCUGGGUUACGGCAGCAACGGUUGAUUGGACCUGAAUCUGGCAACCCAGGCAUGCAAACCAGGCAACACUCUGCACACAUGCUGCAACAAACAAAGGUUCCAUUGCAGCAGCAUUCACAACAAAAUGGACUGUUACCAUCUCAAGCUCAGCAACCAAGGCCACAGGCAGCACAGCAGCAAUUGAUGCCUCAGAUUAACUCUCAGCCAUCACAGUCUCAUCUGCAGUUGGGUUCACAGCAGCAGCCAGAUCCCUUGCAGCGAGAUAUGCAACAAGGACUUCAACCAUCAGGGUCCCUAAUUGAACAGCAAAAUGUUCUUGAUCACCAGAAACAGAUUUAUCAAUCUCAGAGAGCUUUUCCAGAAACAUCAAGUUCUCUGGAUUCUCCGGUGCAGACUGUUCAGCCAAGUGGGGGUGAUUGGCAAGAAGAAGUGUACCAAAAGAUCAAAACCAUGAAAGAGAGCUACUUGCCAGAGCUGCGUGAAAUAUAUCAGAGGGUUGUUGUUAAAUAUCAGCAGCAUGAAUCUCUUCACCAACAAGCAAGGCCAGAACAAGCUGAUAAGUUUGGGCAAUUCAAAGUUAGCUUGAACAGGAUGAUGGAUUUCCUACAGAUACCCAAGAACAAAAUUCAACCUGCUCUCAAGGAAAAAGUGGGAGCAUAUGAGAAGAUGAUCAUAGGUUUCAUACAUAAUUAUAGGCCUAGGAAAGGUAUGUCGUCAACACAACUUGGGCAGCUUCCUCCUCCACAUACACACCCUAUGUCACAGCCACAAUCCCAAGUUACUCAAGUGCAGUCUCAUGAAAAUCAAAUAAAUUCUCAGUUACACCAAUCAAAUUUGCCAGGUUCUGUGGCUACAAUGCCACAGAAUAAUAUUACAAGCUUGCAGCAUAAUUCAAAUUCUGGUUUGUCAGCCGGACAGCAGAACAUGAUGAAUUCAAUGCAACCUGGUUCCAAUAUGGAUCCUGGACAAGGGAAUUCUACAAACUCCCUUCAACAGGUUCCAGUGAGCUCCCUUCAACAGAACCCUGUUAGUACUCCCCAGCAGACUAACUUGAAUUCCAUGUCACUGCAAGGUGGCAUGAAUGUCGUCCAACAAAAUUUGAAUAUCCUUCAGGUUGGUUCCAAUAUGCUUCAACACCAGCAACUGAAACAUCAGCAGGAUCAGAAAAUGCUGCAAAAUCAGCAAUUCAAGCAAUAUCAGCAUCGUCAAAUGAUGCAGAGGCAGCAGAGCCUUCAGCAACAACAGCAGCAGCAUCAACUUCACCAGCCUGGAAAGCAACAAUUGUCUGCAAUGCAGACACAUCAAAUGGCGCAGCUUCCCCAGAUGAACGAUAUAAAUGAUAUCAAAUUCAGACAAGGAAUGGGUGCUAAGCCAGGGGUACUUCAGCAACAUCUUACCCCGGGCCAACACUCAACUUAUUCCCAUCAGCAGUUGAAACAAGGGGCUCCAUUUUCAGCUUGGUCACCCCAAUUCUUCCAGGUUGCAUCUCCUCAGAUUCCACAAAACUCAUCUCCCCAGGUUGAGCAGCAAAACCAUGCUGCUGCAUCUCUAACAAAAGUUGGAACUCCUCUUCAAUCUUCUAACUCUCCUUUUGUGGGCCCCACUCCUUCACCUCCCUUGGCUCCAUCUCCUAUGCCAGCAGAUUCUGAGAAGCAAGUUUCUGGUGUUUCAUCAGUAUCAAAUGCUGCAAGUGUCGGACAACAACAGGCAGGGGCCGUAGGAGCACUGACUCAGUCCCUUGCCAUUGGGACUCCUGGGAUAUCGGCCUCUCCUUUAUUGGCAGAGUUCAGUGGUCUAGAUGGUGCUCAAGGUAAUGCUGCAGCUCCUUCUGGGAAGUCGACUGUUACAGAGCAGCCUAUUGAACGCCUAACUAGAUUGGUGAAAUCGAUGUCAUCUAAAGCAUUAAGUGCUGCUGUUAGUGAUAUUGCUUCCAUUGUCAGCAUGAAUGAUAGAAUAGCAGGAUCAGCUCCAGGCAAUGGAUCAAGAUCUUCUGUUGGUGAGGACUUGGUUUCCAUGACUAAUUUUCAUCUUCAGGGUAGAAAUCUUCUUACCCAAGAUGGUCCCAAUGGAACUAAGAAAAUGAAGCGUGACACCAGUGCCAAACCCUUGAAUAUUGUAUCAUCUGAUGGUGGCUUGAAUGAUAGUACCAAGCAUUUAAGUGAUUCCGAGGCUUCUGAUAUGGAUUCAACUGCAACAUCUAGUGCCAAGAGGCCAAAGAUUGAGGUUAAUCAUGCCCUUAUGGAGGAAAUAAGGGAGAUCAAUAACCAACUUGUUGACACAGUCGUAAACUUGACCAAUGAAGACAUUAAUUCAACUGUAGCAGCAGAAGCUGCAGAAGGCACCUUGGUUAAGUGUUCUUACACUGCCAUGGCUCUGAGUGCAAGCUUAAAAUCCCAAUAUGCUUCAGCACAGUCACCAGUUCAACCCCUGCGCUUGUUUGUUCCAGCUAAUUAUCCUAGUGUUCCUCCUAUUUUCCUAGACAAGUUUCCAGGUGAAUGCAGUAAGGAUGAUGAUGAUCUUUCGGCAAAGACAAAAUCUAGGUUUAGCUUAUGUUUACGUUUAACGCAACCUAUGUCCCUUAGGGAGAUAGCAAGGACUUGGGGUGACUGUGCUCGCGCUGUUAUUUCCGAACAGGCACAAAAGGCUGGUGUAGGAGGAACCUUCAGCUCAAACUAUGGGGGUUGGGAGGAUUGCUUGACCUUUGAUUGAUCUUCAUUGUUCUUUUGGCUUCCAAGAG